ACUCGUAGACCUGCGGCUGGACCCACGAGCACCGCUUACCGUCCGCACCCGAAGAGACCGGAGGCGGCGGCGCGAGGGGAGAGAGAGGGGGAGGGAGAGAGAGAGAAACAGAGAGAGAGAGAGAGAGAGAGAGAGAGAGAGAGAGAGCGAGCGAGCGAGCAGCUGUACGGUGCGAUAACGGCCAUCUGCCUCUCUUCAGCGACAAAUAUGACCGCGUUUACCUCAGAAAAAAACCUGCCGAUAAAUUAGUAAUAAUACUAGAUAAGAAUAAAUAAUAAUACCAAUUAAAAUCAAUGGUACAGAAAAGUACUAUGUCCAGGACACCUUCGACCUCAGCCCAGGAGAUCCAAAUGGACAUGUUUGACCACCCCACUUCACAGGGAAAGUGCACCAAGCGGAACUACCGCUUUAAGCGUUCUGAUGGCAGUACCUCCUCUGACACCACCUCCAACAGCUUUAUCCGACAGGGCUCUGCAGACUCGUACACCAGCAGGCCAUCGGACUCAGAUGUGUCCCUGGAGGAGGACCCGGAGGCCCUGAGGAAGGAGGCUGAUAGACAAGCCCUUGCCACGCUCGAGAAAGCGAAGACCAAACCUGUGGCCUUUGCUGUGCGAACUAACGUGGGCUACAAUCCCGGUCCCAAUGAUGACGUCCCAGUGCAAGGCAUGGCCAUUUCCUUUGAGGCCAAAGAUUUCCUGCACAUUAAAGAGAAGUACAACAACGAUUGGUGGAUUGGGCGGCUGGUAAAGGAGGGCUGCGAAGUGGGCUUCAUCCCCAGCCCUGUUAAGCUGGAGAACACCCGGCUGCUGCAGGAGCAGAGGAUGAGGCAGAACCGCCUUAGUUCCAGUAAGUCGGGAGGAAGCUCCAGCCUUGGUGACAUUGCUACAGGAACACGUAGACCCACACCACCUGGUACAGUUCCUGUGGAAAUGUCCACAGUGGCUUUCGAUGUUGACCCCUUGGAGCUGGAUGCAGAGGAACUCCCUGAACCCAACACUGAGCCCCGUUCCCCUAGGGCCAGUGCGGGCAGUGUCACAUCCCCUCAGGCCAACGCCCACCGCCUCCCCUUUUUUAAGAAGAUGGAGCAUGUCCCCCCCUACGAUGUGGUGCCUUCCAUGAGACCCAUCAUCCUGGUGGGCCCAUCACUCAAAGGUUAUGAGGUGACUGACAUGAUGCAGAAGGCACUCUUUGAUUUUCUCAAACACAAAUUUGAGGGAAGGAUAUCCAUCACACGAGUGACAGCAGACAUCUCUCUGGCCAAACGCUCUGUGCUGAACAACCCCAGCAAGCACACCAUCAUCGAGCGCUCAACCACCCGAUCAAGUUUGGACGUACUGGCCGAGGUCCAGAGUGAGAUUGAGCGCAUCUUUGAGCUGGCGCGCACACUGCAGCUGGUUGCCCUGGAUGCUGACACCAUCAACCACCCCUCGCAGCUGGCCAAGACCUCACUGGCACCCAUCAUCGUUUACAUCAAGAUCUCCUCCCCCAAGGUCCUGCAGAGACUCAUCAAGUCCCGAGGGAAGUCCCAGGCGAAGCACCUCAACGUGCAGAUGGUGGCAGCAGACAAGCUAGCCCAGUGUCCCCCGGAGCUGUUUGACAUCAUCUUAGAUGAGAACCAGCUAGAGGACGCAUGCGAGCACCUGGCUGACUACCUGGAAGCCUACUGGAAGGCCACGCACCCCCCCAGUAGCAACCCACCAAACCCGUUGCUUAACCGCACUAUGGCCACGGCCGCUCUGGCUGCCUCCCCCGAGCCUGUCUCCAACCUGCAGGGGCCGUACCUGGUGCACGGAGAAGGGAAGCGGGACGGGGCCCUGUCAGAGCGUGGAGCCCUCCAUGACCAUGAGGGUGGCCUACUAGGGAGGCCCAUUCCCCAGGAGCACAUGUACCUGCGCUCCUCACGGGCACAGCUGCGGGCGACCAGUGGGCGCAGCUUGUCCCGGCAGGACACCUUCGACUCGGAAACGCAAGGAAGCCGGGACUCUGCCUACACGGAGGCCGGCGACUCCUGCAUGGACAUUGAGACAGACCCCUACGAGGAGCCUGAGCCCUACCGUGGCGGAGGUGGCCGUCCACAUCUGGGCCAGCGCCGCAGCCUCCAGGCCUCUUUGGAGGAUGAAAGGGCACAACCUGAACAGGAAAACCUGAACCGCAUGCCCCUGCAGGAGCAGCAUGGCCGGGCCAAGCCAAGGGAGCGAUACUGCCAGGAUUCGGGAGACGCCAGCGGUGCACUGGGCCGCAACAAGAAUCAAGAAGACUGGGGGAGGGAUGUCUACAUCCGCUGAACACCGUACUGGCUAAGAGGCUGACUGAUAGACAGAGGGAAGGGCUACAGCCAUAGAGGUCUAGACCAGAGGAACCUGGAAAUGAGUGGCUUAAGAAUAAACUAGUUUGCAGUCCUAAAAUAAGUCCUUGUCACUUUAAAAUGCAUUAUAAAAUAACACGCUGACUUGAAAGACACAAAUUUUAUUAUUGUAGAGAGAAGUUCUCUGUGUUAGUUACUACUGAGUGACUCCCUUGAUAUUCCCCAGCAUCGUGUCCACUCAAAAAAAAACCAGUAGUAAUAAUGGGUAUAAAGUGCUCUUCUGAAAUUUGAAGAUUGUUGAAAUAAUAAAUAUUGUAUGUAACAUUAAAACCUCAGCGACUAUAAGAUAAAUAGAAUUUAAAAUAAUGAAAAAUAAGAAUAGUUUAAAAGCAUUUCACUAAAGAAAAAUAGCCCCGUAUUUAAAUCAGUACUAAGAAUCAAAAAGUGAAACUAGCCCCUUAGAAUAAAAUAAAUCAGUAGUGUGAAGAAUCUAUGUGACAUUAUUUGAAAGCCGCAGAGAUAAAUGACCUAUCAUGCACAAAUUAUGAUUGUUUUAUUAUUACGCAGUUUAUAGUAAACUUCUCAAUGGUAAAAUGUAGAGGUAAUUGAGUUCAGGUGGAAUAUGUCAGAUCUGUCCUUUACCAUCUUAAACAGGGUUAACUGUCCUGUGUUUCAGGGUGUUUUACAACCACUAAGUCUCUCUCCCGAUAUCCUUCUUCACCCAGACUUUCACUUCAUUGCCAUUUCCUAUAUUUAUUUUAAUCCUAUCUAUUGAGUAAAGAAUUAAACUUGAUUUUGGAUAUUAAAACUUAAAAAAACUCCAAAGAUUUCCUCCAGCAUGCUUCAUAGAGUAGACCCCGCUUCCUGUGGCUUCAGUCUGUUUCUCCUGCUUUUUCCCACGGUUUGUGUGGAGAGAUGUUGUUUCCCUGUAGUUUGUCUUCUUAUCUCUUCUUUAAAAAGUAAUGGUGUAUAUGGUGUACACUGUCAGCAUCGUUCAGAUCACAUUGCCCUUGUUCUUCUGAAUGGAACAUUAAGCCUCAGCCCCUCACUGAGCCAGAGUGCUCCAAAGUUACUCAUCCUAGUGGGCGGAAUUAGUUGACAUAGUUACACGUGUGCCUCCUCAUGUUCCCUAAAGCUCAAAACCUGGCAUUGUGCGGCCGCCUGCUUCUGUGGCCCACUCUUUUCAAACAAUCUGUCUGUUUUUGCUUUGGCUCUUCUUCAGGUUGAGGUUGAUGUUCAAGUGCUCUAAGGAUUUAAACUUUACCCUUAAUGUUAAAUUGUGGAAAAAGCAUUGGCUCUCAAUGCCAUUCCUGCCAGUUUUCCACCCUGCUCUGAAUACCUUAAAGCCUUUUUUAUUUCUGCAUAUACCAGACAUGGUCAUGUGACUUUGUUUACUUACUUUGAUUUGGUGUGGUUGGAAAACAUUUACAUUUACAUUUAUUUAUUCAGCAGACGCUUUUCUCCAAAGCGACUUCCAGAAGACACAUAAACCGACCUUCAGAAGCGUCAAAACAGAAACCAUCAUGUAUGCCUUUCGUGGACUCAGAUUGUCCACCUAUUUCUUCGGUAAAUAAUCAAUGUUUAGUUACUAUUACAGAAAAAUGGUGCCUGAGUGUAGCAACAUCAUAUUGCUCUUUGCCUCUUAUUUUUAAUCUGUGGUUAGAUUUGUAUUUAGAAAAUAUAUAAAUAAUUGUUGAUCAUCUUAUACUGCAUUUAGAGUUCCUGACAAACAAAGUUAUUUGUAAUAGGAAGAAAAAGGUGUUGCGAUAAAUAAUUGUGGAAAGGAGAAUUUCCCAUAAUUCAUAGCAUUGUUAUAUAGAAUGAGGUUGGCACAGGUGACAAACUCACCCUGGAUCUGAACCAGCUGGAGGAGUGGCCAUUACUAGGUUUCAAAAAGUUUGCUGUGGGAAGAGUCAUUGUUGGGUUUGGGCUUGAAAAGAUUUCUGAUAUCUGAGGAUUUCAGAGCUUGCGGAGGAAGGUGUUAUGGAGUGGAGGUGAAAGAAUUGCAAACUUAACGUGUUUCACUCUGUUGACUUUGUCCAAAUGGGUUUCUGUUCACAUCUUUUCCUUACCUGCAGUACCUGAAAUCCAUUCAGUUUUCAAUUUUCUCUCAAGAUGUAUUUUCUUGUAAGGUUUUUGCGGGGGAAUUCAUUUUUAUGGCUGUACGACAGAAUCAUGGAAUGUAUAGCGUGACCAAAACUGAACAAAUCCCAGGAAUGCAUGUACAACUCUGUACUACUGGUGUAAUUUAUUGCUAACAUGAAACAUAUACAUGACUAUAUAAAGAGUGUUAAAAUGCCUGGAUACCAUUUGCAAGCCUUAAUCAAAAACUCUGAAUGUCAACUGAAUUCCAGUCCUUUGCUGCCUUCAAAGUAUACAUUUUAUAAAGUGCUUUACCAGUCAUUCUAACUUCUCAAGCCAAAGCCUUAUUUCACCCUUCUGAUGCGACAGACAUAGACUCCCCCUGCAUAUUAAGCCACAGAUAUUUCUCAGGUGCUUUACAGGAAAACACAAACGAAAAACUAAUCUGCUCUUUUUUUGGAACGUGCUUAAAAUGAAAGGCGUGGCUGAGGUCUUGAUUAUUGUUCCAUGUGUUGCAGUUGGGUACAAGUGGCUGAAAGUGUGCGAGGAGAUGUUCGGCUGCGCGUGACAGUCUGUUUGUAUGUGUGCAUAACUGUGGAUGUGGUUGUUUGAUUUGUGGGUGUCUUUCUGUUAAGUUAAUGGAAAGGAGUUGCGGCUGUUAUUUUAUCCAUAAUGAUGACAGGGAUCCAAAUUAAUCCGUGAAAACCAGACUCUGUUACGUGGCCUGGUCAGGAUUUCAGGUUCUGCAGGAUUACUUUCCGUGUUAUAGUAUGUUUUACCCCCAGCUGUGGGAACAGCGAUGACAAUGUUGGCUUGACUCGGCUUCAGUCAGUUACACAAGUUCCGAAAUGCUGCUCUUCAAAUGUGUGAAGCCCAUCCUGUCUCCAAAGCAACAUCCUUCACGGGACCUCGUCUAGUUCCGAAUUUCAGUGUCUGUCAUUUAAGACCAGUCAGGCCCUGUUUUCCCGCACCAUCUGCCAUCAUCUCCCCGCUCCAGGUUGACCAGUGCUUCCUUCUCUGAUUGCUCUGGACAUACCCUUUGUCAACCAAGCAGGGCCUCUGUGUGUUUGUCACGUCUUACCGUUGUACAUAUGGAUAAAGCGACGUUGCUGUUCUUAAAACUAGUACUGUACACAGUCUAAAUAAGUGCCUGUUCUGUGACGAGUUAUGUGUUUGUUGUUCUUAGUCAUUCUGUUUACAGCGCUUCAGUUCAAACAAGGUAACAGUGGUGGAAGUACCCUGCGCUUUUUGGUGUUACAGAUCUGGAAAAUGUGUUUAAGGUAGGCUUUUUGCAGAACGGGUGAACACUCUGGGCUGGUGGAAGAAAGAAAUGAUAUCAUUUGUGGUGGAAAUAUUAAAUACCAUCAAUAUCUUCUUAA